AUGCCUGCUGCCGCAGAAAGAAGCUGGGUGCACAGGGAAUUCUGGCCGGCAAGACCAGGAGUGCCUGUGCGGUUUUGUAGAAGGUGCAACGCAGUUGAGCCAAGUCUAGAAGAAGUACAGAAUGUGAUCGAUCGUGGUGGCAAACCACGCCGACACUGGAAAGGAGCUUGCGGCUUCGCCAGCACCAGUGCCAUGGUGAACCACAUGCGAGACUGCCAUGAAGAUGCUCUACCAGAAACGGUUUCCACCGAGAGGAGCACACCUUCAAAAAGCGCCAAGAAGGUCGACCUGCAACUGAUGAGAGAGUGUGUGAUCUACUUGGUGCUAGGCUGCCUGCUUCCUUUUCGUCUUGUGCACAAUCGCUAUGUCAAGGCUUUUUUGUCCCCUCGCUUGCCGGGCCUUGGUGGGAAGCAUGCCUUGGAUUUGGAAUUCAAAGCUGUCAUGCAAGACUUGCGAGAGAAGGUUUUGUCGAUGAUCCGGGCAGCACGAGACAGCGGCUGUCGCUUUACCCUAUCGGCUGACACCUGGAAACCCAAAAUGAAGAGGCGAAAACAUUAUUUGGCGUGCCACUUAGAUUGGACACAAAAAGACUGGAGCCACACUAGCGUGUGCAUCUAUGUCGGUGUGGCAGAAGCACCGCGGACAGGUGAUCGCUACACAGAGCUUUUCAAGAAAGCGUUGGAGUCGGUGGAGCUGACGCCAGAGCACAUUCAAGCGUCCGUUUCAGACCACGAGGGGGCGAUUCGAAAGGGUUUGCGCGGCCUCGGUGCGCCCCUGAUAGGGUGUGGAUGUCAUUGUUUGCAGCUAUGCUGCAAGCACGCUUUGCCAGAUCUGAAAGAAAGGACCAAAAAGAGGAAGUCUGCCGCUGCCAAAUUGGAUUCGGACUCUUCCUCAUCAGACACUUCUGAUGAAAGCUCGUCUUCUUCGAGCAGUUCGUCUUCUGAAGCAGAGGUGGCUGAGAAGAAGGCACCCAUGGCGCCUGGUGGUGUGAAAGGGCCCAAGGGCGACCCCGCCUCUGUGGAGUGCAAGGCAAAGCUGAAGGAGUCGUUCAGCAGGUACCGGUCGAUUGUGCGAUACUUUGCUUCCCACGAUGACAUGUACAAUGAAAUGUACUCAGCAGCUGCACAAGCCGAAGUGCCUUGCGUUGCCUACCAGCAUGAAACCCCAACACGUUGGAGCUCCGCCCUGCUGCAGAUUGUUUCUGUCAUCCGCAACAAUGCAGCUCACGCAUUGCUGAGGAGUGAGCUGCGGGUUGCUCUCCAGUUCUGUGCUGUUCUGGAGCCUUUUCGCUUAGGAACCAAACUCUUGGAAGGGGAUGACAAAGCGCUAGCUUCUCUUUACCUCCCGGUCUUCCACAAGUGCAUGGAGACCCUAGAGGUCACUGGGUCAGCGCAGCUGCCUUACCCGAGAGAGCUUCGUGAGAUGCAUGGCCAGGGCUGCAAAGCUCGCGAGUUGGAGGUGCUACCAAAGCACUUGCUUCGCUUUUUGCACCAAGACUUGAACAAGGUCAGAGAGAAGCACUUUCAAGGAACUACUGGGGAGGCAUGGCUUCUGGCCGCCAGCUAUGUUGAUCCUCGAUUUCGAGGCCACAGCAUGUGGGAGAAAAUGAGCAAGAAGGAAGUGAAGGAGAUGAUUUGCAAAAUGGUUGUGGAAUCACACGAGAAGUACCCAGAACUUCGGGAAAGAUUGAGGAAAGCAGCAGAAGAUCCUAUGAAUCACAAGCUUGAGACCUUGGGGCGCCCGGAGCCAAAGAAGACAAGAGGCAGAGGUCGUGGUCGUGGAAGGGGAGCAGGGCGGCAAGAGAAACCUAAAUCUACCAGUGAAGCUAUUUUGCGAGACUCUGCCUGCGCAGCCGCAUCGGGUCCUGCAGUGAGGCUGCAGCCCGGUCCUCGCGCGCUCAAAGAGCGCACUAGUGCUGAAGACUGGCUGUUUGGACCACAGCCUGACCGGCGUCCUGCAGCUGAGGUGGCUGUGCUCGAUGACCUGAAGGAAGUUCGCAAGCAAGUGGAAGCUGAGAUGUUGCACUAUGAGCGCCUGAAUGUCACAGGAGAAAGCCCUUUGUCUUGGUGGCGCAGCCAUGAAGGACAGAUGCCAGUGCUCGCCCAGUUUGCGCAAGCGGCUCUUGGAGUGCCUGGCUCCAGCGCAGCUUUGGAACGGCUUUUCUCGAAAGCCGGUUUGUUCAUCACCAGGCAAGGUAACGUCCAGCGGACCUCUCUGUACCAAGACGACUUUGAGGCUAUGGAUGGCGGAGUGGGCCGACUGUACGAGACAACUUUGCCACCCCGAGAGGGCACUUUUGAAGCUGUGGAGGGUGGAGAAGGCAUCGAAGCCUCGAUUGCGUUGUCCGGCUUCAGGUGGCCCUUGUGUUUGCAGCGGCAGCACUGCAACUGCAACUACCACCAGUGGCACCACAGCGACUGCUACCACAGUGCCAAGCACCACUGCUACGACCACUGUGAUGACUACUGGGACUACAACUACAAGCUGCCAGUUUUCCUGUAUGACACUGGCACUGAAUGGCUUCCGUCUGACAUCUACACCUGGCCUGACAUGAUUGAGGCUGUAAAGCUCAUGGCCAGCACUGGAGUUGGGCAACUGAAGCUUUGGCUUGGCGACACGGACCACGUCUAUGGCCUGGUGAAUGUCGCAGCCUUCUUGGCACAAUGCAUGCAGGAGACGAUUCAGUACAACGCAUGCGAUGAGAACAAUUGGAGCGACAACAAUGUUGUCCAAGAAGCUGGUGGCUCCACAUAUUCUUCAACCUCUGCUUGUGGUCAGUUGCACCAAUCUUACCAGGAUUACAGCUGCUCUGCAGAGGAGGAUGCCCUAGCAGGAGGCCGAAUGGCUUGUGAAGUGGACCCCUCCAUGGAGAUGCGUGCCUUCACUCAGGCGUAA